GUAUGAGGGAUUCAGUUAUGUUUUGUUACCACAUAUGCUUGAAAAACACUGCAUAUUUUAGCGCAUAUACGUUUAAAAAGGAAAGCGCGUAUUUAGGAAAAGUUACCGCAUAAAACCGGAGCAUAAGUUACCGCAUAGUUACCGUUUAAAGCCAUAGAAUUGAUUUCUGAGAAAUACAAAUCAAGUAUUAGCUAGGAUACUUUUUGCUGACUGAUGUACUGUUUCUGCAUUUCUGAAAAAAUAGUCAAAAACAAACGCUUAUUUUAGAUUAGUUACUUUCGUACAAUUUGCCAGAAAUAGUUAGUUAACUUAAAUCCGGGGCCUGUUGUGACCGUUUGUAAAAAAUGGGAGUGAAAGGACUUCAAUCUUACAUGGAGAAAGACUGCGGCGGCGGCGGAGUAUUCUUCGAGGUAAACAUCAAAAAAAUAGUGGAACAGUUUUCACGUGGUACCAUUCAUACUUCGGAUUCAAAACCACCGUUGAUUUUGGUUGAUGCUUGCUGCGCGUAUCGUCGUAUUUACAGCAAGGGUAACUUGACUGGUGUAUACGGAUGUCAGUAUGCUGAGCACGAGAGAAUGAUUGUUCAAUUGGUAGAAUCACUUAGAAAAACAGGAGCUGAGCCAAUUUUCUUUUUCGAUGGACCUGUCAUGGCUCAGAAGCGAAACGAAUGGUUCAAUCGAAAAAUACAACUUUACGAUGAUAUUCAAGACACGAUGACUAAAAUUUGGGAAGGGGAAUACGACAACGAGAACCCCGAUUGUUUCUACUUUCCUGCGGGAAUGAACAUGUUUGAGAGAUACGUUCUGUCCCAAAUCUGCAAGUGCAAAGUUGUUGUCACUUUGGAAGAGUGCGACGAAGAAAUUGCUGUUUAUGCUAAGGAAAAUUCAAACGUAGUUGCUAUAUUGUCACAGGAUAGCGACUUUGUCAUUUACAACGCCGCCAACUACUAUCUGUCUGCAGAGCAUUUGAACUUGGCAGAACUCACCACCAAAGCAUACAGCAGUGUUCGACUGGCAGAAAAACACAUACUUGACCCAUAUUGGCUACCUGUGCUGGCCACUUUACUCGGAAAUGACCUUCUACUUAAAGAGCAUCUUAAAGCCUUCCAUCUUCGAAUCACUCACUGGAGCCGGCCCGGUUAUCCCAGACACCAUUUACUAAUCCCUGCAGUAGCCAAAGUUAUCAAUGGGAAGCUAAAAAAGGGAAUGAGCGUUGAUGAAAUAAGUCGCAUUUUGAACUCGGAGGUGUUCGGAGUUAAAGCGAUAGAAAAAACGCGGAAAUCCAUCAAAAUAUCUUUGCAAACUUACUUAUUCGACAACGCCCAAUUAAUUAAGCAAGAUAAAACAUUGAGUGAAGGAUCCCAACAGCUACUUGAUGCGUUUAUGUCAAGCAAGAGUGUUGAGCCUCUCACUUUGGAGAUCUUAGUGCACUCAUCGAUAAGUUUCGACACUGCGUUUGAGGAUCCCAAUUCUGGACUGAAGCAAACUGUGUUAAUAUACCGAGAUAUAAUCUCAAGAUACUGUGGCGUACUCCUCAAACACGAGGAGAAGAAACCUGAGAGAAAAACAGUUGCUGAAUUCGCAAUUUAUUCAGAACAUCCAGUCAAACAGGGUACUGAGGUUCCUGUAGUUUUUCCUCCCUUCGACGUGGACUUAUUUGCGCUUUUUACAUCUACAGAAGCUGAUUUCAAAUCUUUAAGAGUUAAAACAUUACUUUGGGCCAUAACAGGAUGUGAACAUUUCAAUACGACUUUCUUCUCAGACGCAGAAGAAUUGCUACAGAAAAUGAAGCCCGACUAUGUUAUUCCGUCUCUUGUCUUAUAUUUUUUGCACUGUGGGAAAAAGAUCAUUAACAAAACAGUAGUUGAUUGGUUUAUAAGGAUGUUCAUAGUACUUGAUCUGGGACUUUGCACAGAUAGUUCCGAGCCCCAACGCUGUGCCGACUACGAUGCCAUCCAAGUAUGCACUUUGUUCGAACGUGGUGUAGACACAGUGGCAUGUCUAGUUUCAGUGUUAGGGCCGCUUUUUCCUCCAAGUGUGUUCGCUCGUUCAAACAACUUUGACGGGGUUAUGUUCCAAAAAAUCUUCAAGGGAGAACAUUGCUUAGAUAAAUUGCUCAAAAAUGAACAAGCCAAAGUCCUCAUUUCUCCCAUUUUGGAUUUCUUGAAACUGAAGCUCACAUAGUUUCAAACACGAUUCCUGAUAUUUCUAGAUUUAAACAUGUCAUAUAAGAAAGCAAAUCAUAUAUACGGAAAGAUACAUGUGAUUCGUUUAAAUAAUACUAGCGUGUAACGCACCUCCGGUGCUUCGAAUUUAUGACAGUCAUAAAAAACGGUAUAUAUUGGAGAAAAUAUUUGCAUCCUUUGAGUGUCCUCUGACAGGGUUGGCAAUUACAGGGUUGGCAAUUUCAAAUUUUGUAAAGUUAGUCAAGUUUAUUUCA